CUGGCUGCCACUGACUGCCCUCUCAUUUCACUUCUCUCUCUUUUCUCGGCAGCCCCAUCAGAAAAAUUUGUAUAAUCGAAGAAAAGAAACCAUCUUUUCUAAACAUCAUAAAAAACCACCUCAAUUUUAAACUACUAAUCUUUCUCUCUCUGUAAAACGCCCUUUUUAAUGAGCUUUUAAUCUUGCAAAAUGAUGUUUGUUUGGUUUCCUUUUCUGUUUAACUCUGUUUCAAUUGUGUAAUUGGGGGAAAAGUGGGAAGUUGCUACAGAAAGGCCAACGAAACUUCUUUUUCUGCAUAAACAAAACCAGCACUACCCAGACCAGACCAUUGUCUACUCUCUCUCUCUAUGUAUUGAAUAAGACUCUUCCCUCUUCGCUUGAAAUUUUCCCAAGCUCUGUUGUUUCUUGCAAUUUUGGAGUACUUCGGCCUGUCAUUUUGAUGUCUACACCCUUAGAACAUAAUUACAUAGGAUUAACGGAGGCUUCUUCAAUGGAAAGAAGCCCCGAGAAGAUUUCUUCAUCUUCUUCUUCUUCUUCUUCACCCCCUUCCUCUAAUGUUACUAACGAGGAAAAGAAAUGCGCCACCGUCAGCUUCAAGGACACCGAAUUGAGGCUCGGUUUGCCUGGUUCUCAGUCGCCGGAGAGGAAAUCGGGAACUGGGAUUUCGCUCUUCGGCAAGGAUUUUGAGGAUAAGCAGAGUAAUGGGUAUUCUUCUUCUUGCCCUUUGAAGAAUCUUGUGUCUGGGUCCAAGCGGGGCUUCUCCGACGCCAUUGAUGGGUCUUCUGCCAAAUGGGUUUUCUCUGGAGGUAAUGGAUCUGAGGUUAAAUUAGGCGAAGGGGCUGUGCUGUUUUCUCCCAAAAGUGGGAAACCGCCGAUUGGUGGCUUGGGGAGCAACGUUAAUGCCUCGCAGCCGCAGAAGGAAGUGCAUCCUGUUCCUCAAUCUUCAAAGCCUGCUCAGGAGAAGAAGCCGCAGGUUUCAGAAAAUGCUGGUGCUCCUUUGGCCAAGGCACAGGUUGUGGGAUGGCCGCCGAUUCGAUCCUUCAGGAAGAACACCAUGACCUCUUCCAAUUCAACAAAGAACGCUGACGAAGCCGAGGAAAAAUCGGGAUCGUCCAGUUGCCUCUAUGUAAAAGUUAGCAUGGAAGGUGCUCCAUACCUGAGGAAGGUUGAUCUCAAACUGUACAGCAACUAUUCUGAACUAUCACUGGCUCUGGAGAAGAUGUUCAGCUGCUUCACUAUUGGGCAGUGUGGUACUGAAGGACUUCCAACUAAAGAGGGUCUAAGUGAGAGUAAUUUGAAGGAUUUUCUCCAUGGCUCUGAAUAUGUGCUAACAUAUGAAGAUAAAGAUGGGGACUGGAUGCUUGUUGGUGACGUCCCUUGGGAGAUGUUCACCGAUACAUGUAGAAGACUCCGAAUCAUGAAAGGUUCUGAAGCAAUUGGGCUAGCGCCGAGGGCCAUAGAGAAGUGCAAGAACCGAAACUAGCAAGACGAAGCUCGUGACAUCUGCUUGAAUUGUGAAAGCCCUUUCUUCAAACAAGAAUGUUAUGGUUCAUUAUGUUAUAAAACUAAUGUUGUACCUUAUGAAAUGCUAACAUUUUCCUGCUUGGUAGAUAAAGAAAUUCCACUGAAAGACAGUUAAAAGUGUUGCCUGUUGUGUGUUAAAUGUUAAAUGUGAAAUGUUAUUGCCUCCCUCUUAAUUCAAGAGUGAA